AUGUCCUCGGAUGCUCCCCCGCCGCUUGGAGAGCGGUUAUUCGGCCUGGUCGAACCCGCAAUGCUUAUGGCCUGGGCCAUGCGUCAUUACAUCCGUGUCUGCGGUGAAGCCGUCUUCAAGAAUGGCCAGCUGCUAGCGCCUAUCUUCCGGACCAGCGAGCUACGCGAUGAAUCCUUCGGUCGAUUCUGGGUCGAAUUUACCAACACUCCAUCCCAACCCGCAACCCCGCCAACCACAACGGACUCAGACGGAUUCAACCCAACCAACGUCCGAAACUCAACCGCACUAAUCCCACCCCUCCUCAAAACCGCCUCUGGAGUCGUCCUCGACAUCGGCCCAGGCACAGGAACCCAAAUGCCCCUCCUCCGCUCGCCGGCCAUAACAACAAUCUACGGCUGCGAGCCCUGCCACGGGCUGCACGCCCAACUGCGCGCAAAAGCCGAAUCCGAAGGCCUCUCGUCCAAAUACCACAUUCUAGACUGCGGAGCCUCUACAUCAGUUCUACUCCCGGCCCUCCGAGAAACACACACCGGAGUUACGUCCGCGUACGACGCAGAUAGUACAAACGGAGUCUUCGAUACGAUUCUCUGCGUGCGUGUUCUCUGCUCUGUUCCGGAGAUGGAGAGGAGGGUGAAGGAAUUGUAUGGCCUGCUGAAGCCGGGUGGAAAGUUGCUUGUGACGGAGCAUGUUGUGAACCCGUGGAGGACUGCAAAGGGGUCUUUAUUGGCUAGGGUUGUGCAGGGGGUUUACAUGAUGCUUGGAUGGAGUUUCUUUGUUGGGGAUUGUUGUUUGGAUCGGGAUACCGAGGGGGCGUUGAGACGGGCUGCGGAUGGUGAUGGGGGGUGGGAGAGUUUUGAUAUUCAGCGGUCUUUUGCUUGGGGGGCUAUGCCUUAUAUUUCGGGGACUUUGGUUAAGAAGAGUGCUUAG